UAUUUGUGUUUGUGAUGUGUUCUGCGAAAAAAAUAAUAGCAAAAAUAAAAAAAUAAAGUGAAUUAUUACUAAAUAAUACAUUUAAACGAAUCUCAGAUGUUGAAUCAUACGAAUAGACAAAAAUAUGUCAAAAGUAAAAGAAAAACUGCUUUUACAAAAAGAAAAAUGUCGUGAAUUGAUUGGAAAUUUCAAGAAGUCAGUCGAAUUAUGUUCAUUCCUAAAUGAGGCGUACGAUGAGAUAACAUUUAACGAAAUAAAAAACUCAACUCUAGAUAUUAUAUUGCAUGGAUUGGUGGAAGAUGAAAAUGCAAAGCAUCAUCAUCAAGAAUUGAAUGACAAUGCAAACGUACCAAAUGAUUCAUCAUCGUCGCCUCAAUCGUCAGCGGCUGGUGCAAGUAGUUACACUGAAUCGGUGGAUUCAUAUUCAGCAAAUAAAAUAAUCGAUGACUUCGAAUGGGUUCUCAAUGCCGUCAACAUACGAAACAAUUCGCAAUAUUCUAUGUCAGUUGGUAUAGCGCGGCGUCCCAGCACCCCCUCUUGUGGUCCACAAUCAGCAUUUCGUCAGAAAUUCCCCAGCAGUGAGCUAUCGGAGCAGAGCAAAACAACACAGUUGACACAGUGGUUAAGGCAAAGCCUCAGUCAGUACUCGGUACUGUUUGUUUUUCUGCAGUAUUUAGUCUCUGAUAAGGAACUUUUGGAGGAACACUAUACGAGUGAAGCGUUUCUCAGGCAAGAAAAGUAUGUCGAAGCAUUAUUCAUUGGCAUAAGUGCUUUUGAAAGGCGACAGUAUGGCCUCCUGAAACAUAUCGAUGCUUUGCUCAAGGAAGGAUUGAAGAAAACACAACACAAACGUUACAAUUCGCAGCCCAACGUGAUUGUGUUGUCGGGUCCGUGCACUUCUCAUGGAAACAGACUUGCGAAAGAGCUUUUUUUGCCAAAAAGGCAGCAAACCCAACAGAAACAACAGAGCUCAACAGUAUUGUUAACUAUACGAAAAACUAAAAGUCUUCCGGAUUUUAAAACCUCUUGCAUGCCUCCAAAUGCCAAAGACGAUGUAAUCGCAGAUACACGACCCAGGUGUAAGACAAUUGCCGCUAUCAAGCUGAAACAUACGAAGCCACGUAACAUACCCCAAGUGCAAGUCGAUGGAGUUUCUUGCCGCUUAGGGGGAGAAACAUCAAGGAUUUUUAACAUAUCCUCCGGCGAAUCCUUGUGUGGUUAUGACGAUCAACAGCCUUCCACAUCGCAAAAUACUACCUCGAGCCAAAAUAAAAGUCCUACGUCCUCAUCGAGUAUGAAUUUCAAUUCGACGGCUUCCACAAUCUCUUCCUCUCCAAUGUCUACCUCGGUGUCCUCCUCCCAGUCGAAUACAACAGCCAGGCGUAUACAGCUGAUCAAUACUGACGACAUAAAAAUAUGGACGGAUCAUGUAUGGGAGCAGAAGAAUAAGCAGCUGCAUCCCACAAAUAGUAAUGCUAGCACACAGCCCACACCUAUACCUUCCGCCCAGCACUUAACGGUGCACAAAUCCUCCAAGAGCUUAAGUCCAUUAAAUAGUUUGUUCUCAUCGCUAUUUAGUACCCCACCAUCCUAUACAUCAUGGUAUACGGAUCAUACCUCCCAUGAGGAAAGUCAAAUACCUGAGACGGCAAUUGAUUCUAUAAACUCCGAUACUCAUAAUGGAUAUGUGCACCAAAGAAGUACUCCAAAUCCUCUUCAGUCUACACCGUCAUCAUUAAGUUCUGCUGUUUUAGAUAAAUUUCUGCCUAUUUAUGGUAAAAAGUUGCGUUCUCGGAAGUCGCAAACACUCUUCGAUGACGUCAGUACAGCUUUGGAUUAUUCAAUGAAUCCCAUUAGGUUAGAUAGCUCCAGGGCAUGCAAAGAAGGAACAUCCUCUAAUACUUCUUCUUCAAUAAAUUCUGCUGCAGCUAUAGCGGCAACAAAGGAUUGUCAAAGUUUAACGCAAUUUUUAAAAAUGGCCCAUUCACGCAAUGACACAGAGUUGGAAAAGGAAAAUGCUCAUUUUCGUAUAUCAGAGGCUAUAAUAUCGGCUAUUGAGCAUAUUAAAUGGAACAAGCAAACGCCGCAAUCGGAUAAUUUAAACAUGGAAGCUACCCCUUUGGCAACAGAUUGCUUAUCAUCUGAGGAUAGAAAACAUGCUACAGGAAAAUACAGCACAACAACACACCAUGAUCUAAGCGAUGCUGAACAUGUACCUUAUGCCGAAGAUGUGUCCGUAGAGUCAUUGUCUGCCGAGGUGGUUGGUUUAUCCUUAAUUUCGAAAUUCGAUGAAGAACAAUUGCCCAAGGUAUCCGAAUUGAAAUGGCUAGUUUCUGAUGAGGAUACACCACAGAAUUUACUACCUAUGCCGGAUUUAACGGGAAAUAAUCCCGAUGAUCAUGUCAUACAUUCAGUGACAAGAGGAACAAAAUAUUGGGCUCCCCCAAGGCAACAGAUAAUAUUUACGGAACAUGCAACAGAUGAUCGCAAAGAACUUAUGAAGAAACAAAAUUUUCGUUGCGCUGGUUGUGGAAUGCGCGUUUCACCUCAAUAUGUGCAAAGUUUUCGUUAUUGUACUUAUUUGGGUAAAUACCAUUGUACGGGAUGCCAUCGCAAUCAAAUGUCUGCGACACCGGCAAAGAUAUUGCAAAACUGGGAUUUUAAAUGUUAUCCUGUUAGUGUUUUUGCUUAUCGCUUGCUAGAGCAAAUGUCUUCGUUUCCGCUCUUCUAUGUGCCCGAUCUAAAUCCUGCCUUAUAUUUUCGUAGUAAAUCAUUGCUGAGUGCCCGCAAUAAGCGAUUGCAAUUGAAAUUUGUCAAAGAUUUCAUACGCACAUGUCGUUUUGCGGUGCGCGAGCAAGCCUACUUUGAAUCCGUACCCGACUAUCUAACCUCCGAUAUAGACAAUUGGUCAAUGUCUGAUUUUAUAGAUGCCCGCAGUAAUUGUUUGCAUCGUUCAAUCGAUGAAUUGAUAAUCAAAUGUCAAAAUCAUAUUUACAACUGUGUGCUUUGCACUGCCAGAGGCUUCCUUUGUGAAUAUUGUAAUACUGAUAGUGUUAUAUAUCCCUGGGAUACCCGUGUCGUACGUUGUGAUCGUUGUGGCUCUUGUUUUCAUCGAAACUGUUGGAAAUCUAUGUCACUGUGCUGUCGUUGCCAAAGGAUUGAAAAACGUCAAGAAAUUGACAAUGGCAUUCAUGCUGUGUAAAUAUGUUGUUGGCAACUCUAUGAAGGCGAUGUUAACGAACAACAACAAAAAAAAAAAACAAAAUUAUAUAUAAACAACUAUGCGAUUACCAUCAAAUGAUAAUUCCGCUCAUGAAUUUUGUGAACAAAAGUUUUUCUUAUAUAGUCUAACUUAAAUAUUUUUGUUAUCCCAUUAUCAAAUAGGUAAACUUUUUAUUGAAGACUAUUUGUCCCCAGAAGAACAAUUUAAAAUUUAAUUCUAUUUAGCUGUAGUUAUAGCAUAUUUGUAUACAAACGUAUUAAUGAUUUAAGCACCACACGGAAAAUACGAGAAACUUUGUUUUUUUUUUUUUUUUUGUUUUAAAAACUUCCGUUACCAUUUAUUUAUUAUUUACAAAAACAGAAAAUCUACAACACGUUCGAAGAGAAUUAAAAUUGAAAAAUAAAAUUAACUCAUUAGAAAUAUAAAAUUAAA